GCAACAUACUCUGUUUUUACUUAAUCUCUGUGUAAACUGCCCUAUGUUGUGUAUCAUAAUAUUAAGUGAGCGCAAACUUGUUUUCGGAAGAUUGAUUGGAAUGAAAACACGAAACGUACCAUACUGCUAAAAUAACAGUGGUGUUUUCGUUUUAGAAAACUCCGACGCUUUUCGAUUACCAGUUCGAACUUUUGAUUUUUGUUUGUUAUCUUUCUCCGUUUUGUUUGUAUAACGAAUGGUGCCGGGCACUUACAACAUGCACACUAUUUUCACGGAUCCUCAAACGCCUUACAACCGGUAUGGAGCCGGGUAUUCCUCAGCAGCAGCGGCUGCUGCGGUUACAGCAACGAACCCUUACGCGUACGAACAGUAUUCCCGAUAUGGGUAUGCAGCAGCCGCUUGGCAUCACCAACAGCACCCACUCAGCACCACCAAAGAUAUGGUCAAGCCUCCUUACUCGUAUAUAGCUCUGAUUGCCAUGGCAAUUCAGAACGCGCAAGAUAAAAAAAUCACCCUCAACGGCAUUUACCAGUUCAUCAUGGAGAGGUUUCCUUACUACCGGGAAAACAAACAAGGGUGGCAAAACUCGAUCAGACACAACCUCAGCCUUAACGAGUGUUUUGUGAAAGUUCCUCGCGACGACAAGAAGCCCGGAAAAGGAAGCUACUGGACAUUGGAUCCUGACUCGUACAACAUGUUCGACAACGGUUCAUAUUUGAGGCGAAGGAGGCGCUUUAAGAAAAAGGACGCUCUUAGAGAGAAAGAAGAACAGAUCAAAAGACAGCAGCAUCAGUCCGACUCCCCGACAUCCAUGGCCAAACGAGAUGAGAAGCCCUUGGAAGACGUCAAAAGUAAAUUAGAAUGCAAACCGAAACGGGAGCCGAACACAGAAAUGAGUCAUUGUAUGAGCUCCAAAUAUGGGGAUCCAAAAUCCGUUAUCGUACAUCAAGAACAUAUGAUGAGUGACGUGACUGCGUCUCUGCAAGCGAUGGAUACCGCCGCUGCUUUUAGUGUUGACAGUUUGAUGACGAGCAGGGAUCAAGCCAUCAGUUAUUCGAAUUCGGCGAGAUUGCACUCUUCUGGUGGCAUGUAUUCUUAUUGCCCCAGCGCGGCUCCUCAACACCAGUACAGCAUAGCCGACGAGGCUGGACCACGUUACAGCCCUUGGUACAGCCCAGAAACCUCACCAGAAUCGGCUACAGGCUACAGGGAUCUUGUAUUCGAUAACGGUGCAGCUCCCAGUUGUCAACUGUCAGGAUUCCGACACACAGGAGUGCCUCCGAGUCCUCCUAAUUACAGAUCGCCCGCCACUACGUAUUAUCAGUCGGAUUGUGUGGGUCAGAAGUACUGAGGGUAUAUGAUUUUAGAUCCUGUACAUAUUAAGACUGAUAUUUAAAAAAAUAUUUCAGUGAAAAACUUGUUUUGGAGGUGUUCACGUACAUGUGCAAUCGUUGAGAUGAGGGUAUGAUAUCAUUAUUAAUGGAUACAUUUCUUGAUAUCAACAAAAGUGUUAGGUGUUCUUUUCUACAAGACAGAAGAUGAAAAGUGAAAAACCAGUGAAUGUAUCGUCUAAAACUAUGAGACUUGAAGUGAUUGUUUGGUGUUCACUUUCUAUAUCGAUUUAUUGCAAAGGGACUAUCAAUCUGAGUUUGUAAACUCAACUAGUUUCUCAAAUAUAGUGCACUUAUAUCUGAUCUCAAUCGUACGUAUAAGCUAGCUCUUUGAAAGUCCUUACAGUGAAAAAUUGUAUUCGCAAGAUACAGGGUUACUCAAGAACAUACGCGUGCCAGUGGAACAUAUAUUUUCCCAUUCGUUUCUUCAUGAUCUUCGAGUUAUUGCAUUUUCUUUAAAAUUUGGUUAGUCUAGCUGAAAAUUUAGCCGACUUCAAUUCAGUUAACGGACCGCCGUUAAGACCUCGUUGUUGAUUUUUUAUGAGCAUUCAGCUAACCAAAUUCGCAUCAUCGAGAGAUGACUAUGAUUCAAUAGAUUUAUUUCACAUCAGAGCUUCCAAAUUCCACUUAUCAAGAUAACAAGACGUCAUGUAUAUUGUUUUUUGCAUAAUUACUCAUGUCCAAACCUAUCAGAGGAAAGUUGAUGGUAUAACAUUUAAUUAACCUCAAAAUUUUCUGUGGGAGAAAAUCUCUUUAAAUGUACGUAAAAUUCGUGGAAAUUGAUAGAGAUUUUAUGCAUUUCCUUUCGUCUAUUCUUUUGUGUAGGAAUUUAAACAAUAAAAUCGUCUCUGUUCAUUAGUAUUUUGUGGUAUGACUGAUGAUAAGUCCCAGAAUGGAUCAAAGGUUUUGUUUUACAGAACUAGGUAGAUUUCAUUCAUUGCAAAAAAUCUUACUAUAAUUUCUCUCCCGAGAAAUGUCACUCCAAUCAGUCCUAUAUCAGACAAAAUAAUUUUGGGAAAGAUGAAAAGAUCUAUGUUUUAUAUGAGAUCUAAACACGGCUAUGCUAAAUGCAUAGCUGGGAAUAUGAUAUAUUUCAUGGAGUUUUUGCAUUUGAUAUUGAUCAGAUAUUUGCUUGCUCUUCAUUACACAAAUUGACAUAACUGUGAAUUACCGACCCAACUUUUUUAAUGCAGAAAUUUAAAUAAAGUGUGGGUUCAUUUUCUACCUUUCGAAGUUGUUGAAUUUUUACAAUUGAAUUAAGUUUCCACUAUUUUCUUUCAAAAACUAAUGUUACUACGAUUAUCAAUUCCUUUCAAAGGAAUAUGAAGAGUGAAAUAGUUCAAAAACUAACUGACAAAUAUUUAUAACGCGAACAAAAUAUCUGAAUUUCAACAUUCUCCCAUGAAGCAUCAUACAGACUCGAAUCUAAGAUUUUUCGGAACAAACCACAAAAAAUUUAUUGAGAAUAUCACUCCCUUUUAUAUGACCCAUAACUUUAGGGAACCCCUGUAUAUUGCAUGUUCGGUUUAUUUUUGAAUUCAUGAUUAUUUCAUGAUCAUUUCAAAAAAAAGGGUAUUGAAGUGAAUUGUUAUGGUUACUUCAACCAAUUUACACGAAACAUAGAAACAAACCUUUCUUUUAAAUCACUCCGUUUUUUGGUAAAAACCGUAUGAAAAUCCGUUCGGUAGUUUUUGAGUUCAUCGCGUCGAUACAAAGACACUGUCUUAUCAAAUUUCUUUUCUCUGAAGGUAGACUAAUCAAAACAUCGGAAAAUGAUGAUUUUCCUUUUCCAUCAAUACGUUCAUUUCUUGACUCUUGUAUUACAUUUCUCUCGUGUGUUCCAUUUGGACAGUUCUUCAGAAAACGCAAUACUCAACUUUCACUGAUGAAAUUUUUGUGGGUUUGCGUAGAUGUUCAUAGAUGCCAAUCAACAUAUUAUUUUCGUUUCAUCUCGUAAAGAAGUCCUAUCUGAUUUAUAUGCCGCCUGACGUAACUUCUGAUGAUUUCUCCUCACUGUAGAUUGAGAAAUUGGCUUUCCUGUUUCAUUAUCGCUAUAUUCCUGUUUCCUUGAGAUUUGAAUUCUUUGUAUUUCAAUCAAAUGUGCCAUUACCAGUUAAUAUAACUGAAUGGAUUGGCUUGAAUGGAAUAUUUUUGGAAAACAAUUAAAUAAUUCAAUUUGAUUGUACAACUUAUAGUUUUUUUAUUUGUAUACAAUUUUUGAGGAAUGAACUUCCGAACAUAUUUAUCAAUAUUUUUAGUACUACAUCCUGUAUAUCAUUAAUUUCUGAAUUCUUUAGAACAAAACCUACAUUAAUGUCAAUGUAUAAAAUGUAUGAAAGGUUUUUCAUUAGAAAAUACCCAACUAAAAUACCUAUCGACGUGUCAGAAUGUUUUUUGGUCACGUACCCAUUUAUUUUUUUAUCGAGUUUAUUCCAUUUGGCUGGUACACAACAGAAAUAUAACGCAACCGUCCACUGAAUUUAAAAGUGGUGACGUAUAUAUUAUCAGUAUUUUUCCAAUAAUUCUCCUUUUGGACCACACUCUAUGAAAGAAGUUUAACUAUCGGUGAAAUAUCAGUACCAUCAGAAUUCCCAGCCCAAUUCAUGAUUUAUAUUACAUUCCUGAAGUUCAUGCACCAGAUUUGCAUUAGCAUUAGCAAUAAAACUGGAAAGGUUUAUCUUCUACAUUAUUUACUCUAUGAACAUCUGGCCUAGAGUUUAAACACAGGUGAUAAUUGAUUAGGUUUUGGUAACGUGACUCAAUUCUAAUUUUGAUCACAAUCUCAAAAUAAUCCCCAGCAGAGUUCCUACUUGCCCGUUUGUAAAACUGCGUUUGUAAUAAUUUCUGCAGAGCGGAAUUAACAGAUCCAUAUUAACGUUUGAUGCGUUAAUCGAAAGAAUGUUUGAAUAAAUGUAUUCCAGAAUCUUAUUAAAGAAUGAAAGAAGCAAAAUAUACAUAAUAUUUUUAUGCGAAAAGCCGAAAAAAAUAUUUUAUAUUUUUUUACAUUUGGAAUAUUUAUACAUCAUUCCCAAAUAGUUUCCCAGAAACUUUCACAAAAAUAAGAAUUGUUAAUUAUUUUUUGGAAAGAUAAUUGUUUUGAAGAUAAUAAUGCAAUCCACACCAAAUCAUUUCGUUCGUGAAAAUUACAUUCCUUUAUUUUGAAACUCCUGAAAACUCUAGGCAUCUAAAGUGUUUUGAAAUCGUAUAUUUCCAAUAGACUUUUUGAACAUAAUUAUCUGGUUAUGAGUGUUUUGACAAAAUCAAGUUCAAGAACUGUCAAAGAUAUGAGUAUCAGUUUUCUCUAUCAUUUUUGAAUGUAAACAGGAAAUGAUUAAUCGAAAUCUACAAAGAUAUGUUCUCCAUUAUUGCUAAUAGGUGAUAAAUUACAUACCGGGUGUCCCAAAAGUCAUAGUAGGGGCUAAUAUAUCCGAAGUUACUGAAAACAUUAAUACAAAAUUUUGGCAAUUACAUAUGUACGCAUUACGCAUUCACUUAUUCUCCCCUGUAUAAGCGGCACAAAGGGCUGCACCCCAAAAUAUUCAGUGGAACCCUAUAUCGAUAUGUAACUCAUUUUGAAGGCCUUAGAGAAACCAACAUGUAUACAUAAACCAGAGGUCUCUACGGUCACCCGUUUAAUAAUAACUGCCAGUCAUGCAAAAGAGUAUUAUUUCAUUUUAUAAGAUGUUCAAAAUGGACACCACCAACGUCUCAACAAUGGAAGAGUCUACCUUACUCGUUUGUUAGAAUUCAUGGUGGUAUAGUAGCACACACAUUUGUGAUUCGUUGUCGUCGUUCUUGCAAGUAAGAUGGUUUUGUUGAAGAUAAUCGCUCCUUUACAUAAUCUCACACGAGAAAGUCAAGAGGAGCGUGGUCGGGGGACCUUGGUGGUCAUUUAAUAUGAUAUCCCUCAUCUAGGUAUCCUCUUACAGGAACAUACAAGUGUGGAAGUACCGUAUUCUACUAAAAAAUUCGAUGGUAGUCGAAUUUCAAUAGCAGCUACAAUUCAAGUGUCAUGGUGCUUCUAAAAAUUGCAAGUUUAAGCAUCUGGUGAGAUUUUUGUUGAUAAAAAAGUACCCAAUACCAUAUCGCGCAUAAUUUCGACACAUACGUUUACACAUCAAGGAUUGUUUACACUUCAGUAUUGUUAGUUGUGUCUACUAACAAAACCGUUUACGAAAAAGCUUGCUUCAUUUGUGAAACAUGGUAGUUAGUUGUGUGGUUGUGUAGCAAUUGAAUGGUUUCACGAAACUGCAGUCUUCGAUCUGGGUCAUCUUCAUUUAGUUCUUAUAUAACAUGGAUUCAAAGGGAUGAACUGUAUGCUGUUCUGAAAUUUCAGCACUGUUGAUUCGUCUGUACCUGAAUCAGCAGCUGUUGUGCACACUAAUAGCUUGGGCUCCAAAACUCGAAGUUGAUGCUCUUCGGUUUCAACGGCCGGGUGACAAGAUCUUGAAGCAUAUUUUAAGCUAAACGUUGUAGUGCAUUUUUGCACAACACUUCUCACGUAAACAGGAGAAACUGGUCUAUGUGGAAAAAUAUCAUUAGCAAAUCUUGUUGUCUCAUGGUGAUUUCGAUUAGCUUGAUCUACAUUGUCUUCAUUCAGGCGAACCAUAUCAAAAGGAAUCACAUCACAAUAUCAACUAAUGCCUUUUCAAUGUCACUGCAAAUAAAAAACUGAAUCAACGGUACUGCUAGAAAAUCAAAUCGGGAUGAAAAAACAAUUUCGUAAAGAAAUAAAAUUUACAAAAUGUGACAAUAGAAAAUAAUUAUUUUGUGUUGGACUAAUUGAUAUCGUUUCUAUUCGAAAAUAGGUUGUCGUACGGACCUAUAGUUUGUACAGAAAUGUUUCUUUCUUCAAAGCUUUUCAAAUGAGCUACAUAUCCAUUGAAAAAGUCAUUAAUACAGUUCAUUGUAUGAUUUCCACUGUAAAUUGAAAUGCAUACAAUAAACUGUAUUGAUGAGUUUUAAUAUGAAAUUUCAUCAAGUAUUGGCUAGUUCUAUUCAACGACAUAUCGAUAUAGGGUUCCAUUUAUGAUUUUAGCGUUCCGUUUUUUGAAAUUAAGAAUCGCCCCAUAGCCCUUUGAUCAUGUUACAGCACUAAUUUUCAUUGGGAUUCAUUUAAAUCAAACGCAACCAAUAUUUGAAUCUUUAUGUGUUUCAUCUGCCUUACACUAAUAGAGCUGGAUACUGUAGAUUGAGAUUAGUAGAGAAUUCAGUUCUUAAAGCUAGCAGAUAUGAAUAUUCUUGAAAACCACCUCAGUCAUAAUAAUGAGUUGUCAUCCUCGGGUCUUUAUUGGUGUUCCCUUUGAACGAUAACUAAAAAUACAUACUGCAUUUAGUUGCAUCUGCCUGCCAACGACAUGGUUGGACAACUUUUUUAUUUUUAUGUGAUAAUAGGUUCGAUAGUGUGUAUGUAGUUUUUAAUGCAAAUUCUAACGAUGUAUGAAGUUUUACUGCCCAUGUUCCUAUAAUUAUUUAUUUAUUGAGUUAUUUCCAAUAGGCAUUCGGAUUAUUCCAUUGUUGAUCUUCACACGUUUGAUUCGAAUAGUUUGGAAUUUCCGUCACUAAUCCGAGUGUCUAUUUUUCUUGAAUGACGUGAAUACUGUAACAGGUUAUUCUACUACUUAUAUAUAGAAUAAUUAUAAGCAUGUGCGAUGUACAUAUUCUUCUGUAAUAAAUAUGGAUGUACAAUUAUUAUUGGUAAAUGUGUCAUGAGCACGUUGUAUGUAUAAUAUUAUUUAUUUGGAAUAAUACAAAAAU